AUGUUGGUCAUUUCAGACCACCAACAACCGCAGGACAGCUCCAGCUUCCAGGACCGAGCUGCCCUUGUAGCCGAUACCCUGAAUGUGCUGCUGCAAACUCAUCUGCCAUCCGACAUCAACUGGACAGUCAGUCAGACCAGAUGGCGAUUUCAACUCACCAAUCUGUCUGUCGAGCUAAGCGAUGAGAGCUCCAAAGGCAUUGUAGUAACAGCAUCCAGCGAUGUAAUUCCCCGGAAACGUCUGGACCCCCUUAGACAAGAGCUGCGAGCAAUCCUCGGCAGAGCACUCGAGUCGUCCUGGAGCACCAUCGGAUUUGGCGUUCUGCUCCUGCAACUGACCGAGGAAGCCAGCUGUCAUCUCCUGGACUUCAGAAAUGCCCUUGAGUCGAGCAAAAAGCCAGAUCCCAUGACGAACGGCUGGGACUCAUCCGCGCAUGACGUGUCGGGGAUCUUGACGAACCCAUAUGGCGUCAACCUCAACACCGUGGACGACACCGCAAGACAUGUUCUGGGCCAGUCAAUUUCGGACAUCUUGUCAGACAUUCCUGAUGAUCUCCGAGUACUGCACGUCGAGCCCGUCUUCCGCCCUGAUCUGGUUGACAGAUUCCUCAAACGACAACAGAAGAUGAAGGAGGAGUUAAUGGACCUGCCCAAGGAGAAACUGAGAUCCUGCGUCGGUCGAUCUGCCAUUCCAGGCCGUAACUCUGCAAACUCUGCGGAGCGAAUGGCAGAGUACCUUGUCAGACCCCAUGUUACUUUCCACGGAGCUGAAAGGGAGGUGAUGUCGCCCAUCAUUCGUUAUGGCUUCCUGCUUCCGGGAAGCAAGAUCGGAGACACCGGCGAGAGCUUGUCUAUGCGGUUCGUGAAUGCGUGGUUCGGAAAGGGCAUAUACUCUUCGCCUUCCUUGGAUUUCGCGGCAGACUAUGGCGAAUUCGACUACAAAGACUCGAGUGUUUCCGGAUGGCGAAAAGGUGCUGACAUUCCAGGAAUGCGAGUUCUGGUCUGUGCAACGCUGAUGGGUCUCUUGCUAGAAGUGUCUCGGGACGAGGUCGAGGACCAGGCCGGACUUGACAACUCGCACGCAAACUCGCACGUAUCGCCAGACGGGAUGGAGUACGUUGUAUUUGACCCGGCGCAGAUCAUUCCCUGCUACGUUUUGCACAUUGACUUUGGAACGGAAUUCGCCAAAGAGUUGUUCAACUCAACGAACUCCACAGCACCGAAAAAGACGAUGUCGUCUCGUGUUGACACCGACUUUGGCGACACGGACAACAGCCCCGGUGCCAAGGUAGCGAAGAAGGAGGCUUUGAAGGCUCAGGCGAUGAAAUGGUUGCCUCAUGGCUUCGGCACCGCCACUGGGACGAACUUUGUCGUCGAAGACAUCGCAGAUAUUUCGGAUGAUGAUGAUGAAGAGUUUGGAGAGUUCCAGGCUAUGCGUGGCGAGCAGGAGAGCGAGUACCACAGCUGGCAGACGAGGGAAGCCGAUGAGACGACUUCGUGGUUCGAUGAGUAUCAGACCGUCAGGAGUUCGAACAAGGAUGUCCGUGUAGGCCGUGGUCGGUAG